AUGCGACCAGAGGGAUCCCGUCUCCAGGAUCUGAGAUUGCUCAUUCGGCCCUCGGUAUCACGAACAAGGUCAACUGGCUUCGAGGUCGACAUUUGCAACAGACAGGAGACACCAGGAGCGGUGGUGGAACUCGACGUCCAGAGUCGACCGGAGCUGGAAAACGCCUACAUCGAACACAGGCUCUCGGAGUUGGAGCGUGACAACGGUUACGCGCAAGAUGUUUUGAACGAGAUGAAAGAGGAGAUCCGUCGCCGGGCGCAAAAUACCUUCCUGUGGGUAUCUUUCGUCUUCAAGGAUAUUAUCAAACGGUCUGCCCGAAUACGAAGCUGUCGAGCGUGUCAAAGCCAGCCUUUCUUUAAUGGCAAGACCCUUGCUUCAGCUUCGUCUGACAAAGACAGUAAGAUCUGGGAUUCGACAGUUGGCACCUGCCAGCAGGCCUUGUUGAAGGCAGGACACCCCUCGUUGUGGUCCUUCGCCUGGUGGCAAGAGCCUGGCUGUUUCAAUGUCAAGCAGCACCUAUCGCUCUGGGAUAUACCAAGCCCCGCCCGCAAACAGACUCUCAGCACAGGGGCAGCCUUCUCAUCUGACGGCAAAACUAUUGUUGUCACCUCGCUUUCCAGAAAAGUGCAUGUGCUGCAUCUCGCGACUGGUACCUCCAGCGAAGCUUUUUAG